GUUUGUGACCUUUUGUCUCUUCUUCUCUAUUUCUCUUUCUCCUUCCAAAAAAAAAAAAAAAAAAAAACCAAAAAUGUAUGCAAUGAAAGAAGAAGACUGUCUUCAAACGUUUCACAACUUACAAGACUAUCAAGACCAGUUUCUUCUUCAUCACCAUCCACAAAUCCUCCCUUGGACGUCUACAUCUUUACCUUCUUUUGACCCGACCCAUUUCCCAUCUAACCCGACCCGUUAUUCUGACCCGGUCCACUACUUCAACAGAAGAGCUUCUUCCUCUUCUUCCUUUGACUAUAACGACGGCUUUGUCUCUCCUCCUCCUUCCAUGGAUAAUCAUCAGAACCAUCUAAGGAUUUUAUCCGAAGCUCUCGGACCCAUCAUGCGUCGUGGCUCGUCCUUUGGGUUCGAUGGUGAGAUCAUGGGAAAAUUGAGUGCACAAGAAGUCAUGGAUGCUAAGGCUUUAGCUGCUUCAAAGAGUCAUAGUGAAGCUGAGAGAAGAAGACGGGAGAGAAUCAACACUCAUCUUGCUAAGUUGCGAAGUAUAUUACCAAACACAACCAAAACGGACAAAGCUUCUUUGCUAGCGGAAGUGAUCCAACACAUGAAGGAGCUAAAACGACAAACAUCACAGAUCACCGACACGUGUCAAGUCCCAACAGAGUGCGAUGACCUGACCGUCGAAUCGUCUUACAACGACGAAGAAGGAAACUUGGUGAUAAGGGCAUCCUUUUGCUGCCAAGACAGGACUGACCUCAUGCAUGACGUCAUCAAUGCCUUAAAGUCUCUUCGUCUUCGAACUCUCAAAGCUGAGAUCGCAACCGUUGGUGGUCGAGUCAAGAACAUCUUGUUCUUGAGCCGAGAAUACGAUGAUGAAGAGGAUCAUGAUUCAUAUCAUAGAAACUUCGAUGGUGAUGACGUGGAGGCUUAUGAUGAAGAGAGGAUGAUGAAUAAUCGUGUGAGUUCGAUAGAAGAAGCGUUAAAGGCGGUUAUAGAGAAGUGUGUUCAUAAUAAUGAUGAGAGCAAUGAUAACAAUAACUUGGAGAAAUCAUCUUCGGGGAGUAUUAAGAGGCAAAGGACUAGUAAGAUGAUGAAUCGAUGUUAUAAUUAGUUAAUUAAGUCAAGUCUUUAUUAAUUAGGGUUAGUUAAUUAGACUUGCAAAAUGGGAUUGAUUAUGGGUUGGUGAAUGGUGAUAUUAAUAUUUAGUAUCCUUAUGGUUUUUAUUUUUUUUUAUAAUUGGGAUUGGGUUUCUUCUUCUAUGUUUUUUUUAAUCUAUGAAGAACCCUUUGUUUAGGGUUUUAUAGUGAUGGGUUUGGUUUAUAUAGUUAAGACAUUUUAUCGUCUUAAUUAAUAUAGGAAAUGUAAAGAGCUUGGGUUUGUAUUAAUUAAUCAAGAAGGUUUUUUCUACUAUA